AUGUUCUCUAGGCCUUUUAGAAAACACAGAGUUAUUCCUUUGGCCACAUAUAUGCAAAUCUACAAGAAGGGUGAUAUUGUAGACAUCAAGGGAAUGGGUACUGUUCCAAAAGGAAUGCUCCACAAAUGUUAUCAUGGCAAAACUGGGAGAGUCUACAAUGUUACCCAGCAUGCUGUUGGCAUUGUUGUGAAUAAGCAAGUUAAGGGCAAGAUUCUUGCCAAGAGAAUUAAUGUGCGUAUUGAGCAUAUUAUACACUCUAAGAGCCGAAACAGCUUCCUGGAACGUAUGAAGGAAAAUGAUCAGAAAAAGAAGGAAGCCAAAGAGAAAGGUACCUGGGUUCAGGUGAAGCGCCUGCCUGCUCCCCCCCACCCCCCACACACAGAGAAGCACAUUUUGUGA